UAAUGAUUUCUUGUCGAGUAAGGUAAAGCUGCUCAUUUUACAGUCCCAGAUGAAUACUUGACUAACAAGUAUGGCCUUGCCAGAGAUGAACACGUUUUCCAGUAUUUCUUUAUAGCAUCUAUGUCUAAACGGUACUUUUUUCUGAAGCUCCUCAAUCAUAAUGCAACCGCUCCUCACAAUGAAGGACUCCCCUCUCCUGUCCAAGGGAAGAACUGCUCUCAACCUGAGGAUUUGUGGUGGUGUAGAAUCCAGGGACUCCAGCUUUCUCCAGCGUGGUCUGCUGAUCUAUAACCUUCUGAUCAAUUUCCACUACAAUCUUCUUAUCCAUCAUGCUCUGCUCUUCUCGCACACGCAUUUCCAGAGCCUGGUAGAGGCAAUAAAAACGGAGUGAAAAAUAGUGAGGAUGAAUUGAAUGAGAAAUAAUGUCGGGUUAUCUCACCUCCUGCUCUGCUUGUUGAUUUGACUUGAGAAGUGCGAGGUUGUGGGAUUUGCAGGACUGCAGUGAUUCCUUGUGUCGCCGAACAAGGUCCUGCUUCAAUGCUUAACAAAUACAAAGCAUAUCAACCGUUUAUAGUAUUAAUAGCAGGCCUUAUCAGCAACCCUCCUCCACAUAUGUAGUACACAAGUAAAGUGUUCAAUCAAUAAUCGGCUUAUUACUUCGCUUAUGGUCAGAAAAAGUCACCUUGAUGUUCACAGUGCAGCUUCUGUCGCUGGUUGUAGAGGUUCUUCUCAGUCAGGUGUUGGAUAUCGAGCAGCCCCUGAACUAUAUCGUACACUGUCCCAUCGAUGAGAGCCAGGGCCAGAUCACUGAGGGUGCUGUAGGACAGUCGCUGCUGGUAGGAGCUGAAGACAACACGUUGUUGCAAACAUUGUCACUCCGUGCCUCAUCUCUGGAGGCCACAGGCGGCAAGCCUCUCCGAGAGCGACAGUGUAACCGGAAGUAGCAACAACGCCCCCCCGCCGUGUUUACCUGCUGGUGUGAUUUUGUCCGGCGGGAGCGCGCACGUGUCGCGCGCCUGCGAGGGUCGGCGCGCCGUCACGAAGGUGGCAUGAGCAGUCGAGGGAGAACGGUGAGUUCGGGAGGAUUGGAGCUGCUUGAUGAGAGCUGCACCACCAUGGCCAGGAACACAUCGCUGUAUUUUCGGAUAGUCGAGGGAAGGAACCUCCCUGCGAAGGACGUCUCUGGAACCAGCGAUCCGUACUGUAUCGUCAAAGUUGACAAUGAAGUUGUUGCAAGGACGGCAACAAUGUGGAAGAACCUUAAUCCUUUCUGGGGAGAAGAAUACACCCUGCACCUCCCCAUGGGGUUUCACUCGCUGUCCUUCCAGGUCAUGGAUGAAGACACGAUUGGCCAUGAUGACGUUAUUGGGAAGAUAACUCUCACCAAAGAAGCCAUUGGAUCGCAAGCUAAAGGUGUGGACUGCUGGCUGAACCUGACAAGGGUUGACCCAGAUGAAGAGGUCCAAGGGGAGAUCCACUUAAUUCUGGAGCUUCUGAAGGAAGGAGAGAAGAUAAGCCUGCGAUGUCAAGUCAUUGAAGCAAGAGACUUGGCACCCAGAGACAUUUCGGGAACCUCUGAUCCAUUUGCAAGAGUCAUAUUCAACACCCACAGCGCUGAGACCACAAUCAUCAAAAAGACCCGCUUCCCUCAUUGGUCCGAGACCCUGGACUUGGAGUUGGACCCUGAGGAGCUCAACGGCGAGGGAACUGUCACUGUGGAGGUGUGGGACUGGGACAUGGUGGGCAAGAAUGACUUCUUAGGAAAGGUGGAGAUUCCCUUCGCUUGUUUGCAUAAGACGCCUCACUUCGAGAGCUGGCUUCGAUUGUUACCCCUGAGAAACAGCGAGGUGGAUCCCGGUGGCAAACUGGGAGCAUUGCGGCUUAAAGUUCGUCUGGUGGAGGAUCGGAUUUUGCCCUCAGCAUACUAUCAACCCCUCAUUGACCUUCUGGUGGAGUCCGUCAUCUCCCCAACUGAGGUGGAGGACGUCAGUGCUCUGACUAUGCUGGAGGAGGUGACCACUGUGGAGAGCCGCCAAGAUGUGGCCAUGACUCUGGUCAAGAUCUACCUGGGCCAAGGUCUGGUGGUUCCUUUCCUGGAUUAUCUCAACACCCGAGAGGUCAACCACACCACUGACCCCAACACUUUAUUUCGCUCCAACUCACUCGCAUCCAAAGCCAUGGAGCAGUUCAUGAAGGCAGUUGGUAUGUUGUAUCUCCAUGAGGUUCUGAAACCCAUCAUCAACCGCAUCUUCGAGGAGAAGAAGUACAUCGAGCUGGACCCUUGUAAGAUUGACCUGAACCGACUCAGGAGGAUUUCGUUUAAAGGGGCGGUUUCAGAGGCAGAGGUGCGUGACAGCAGCGUGGAGAUGCUGCAGAGCUACUUGACCAGCAUCAUAGAGUCCAUUGUGGGCUCAGUUGAGCAGUGUCCUCCUGUCAUGAGGGUGGCCUUCAAGCAAUUACACAAGAGGGUGGAGGAGCAGUUCACUGACCCAGAGAACGAGGAUGUGAAGUACCUAGCGAUCAGUGGGUUCUUCUUCCUGCGUUUCUUCGCUCCUGCCAUCCUCACACCUAAACUGUUUCAGCUGAGGGACCAGCAUGCUGACACCCGCACCAGUAGGACUCUGCUGCUACUGGCCAAGGCUUUACAGAGCGUUGGGAACCUGGGACUUCAGCUGGGUCACGGAAAAGAGCAGUGGAUGACCCCGCUACAUCCCAUCAUUCUUCAAAGCGUGUCUUCAGUCAAGGACUUUCUGGACAAGAUGAUAGACAUCGAUCACGACUCUGCGUCAGAGCUGCCACAAAGAGCCGUGUUCAUGCCCUCGGUCACAGUCAAAGAGGGAUACCUGUACAAGCACAAGGCGGAGGGAACCCAAAUUCUGUCUCGCUUUGCCUUCAAGAAGCGCUACUUCUGGUUGACCAGCGAGACCCUGUCUUAUGCCAAGACCCCUGACUGGCAGGUGCGGGCCUCCAUCCCGAUCCAGUGUGUGAGUGCUGUGGAGAGGGUGGAUGAAAAUGCCUUUCAGCAGCAGAAUGUGAUGCAGGUCAUCACCCAGGACAACGACGGGCAGCUGCACACCAUCUACAUCCAGUGCAAGAACGUUAAUGAGUUGAACCAGUGGCUGUCAGCCAUCAGAAAACUUAGUAUUUGUAAUGAAGGGAUGUUGCCCUCCUUCCACCCGGGGGCUCAUCGCAGCGGGAAGUGGAGCUGCUGCUUGCAGACGGAUCGCGCUGUUGCUGGCUGCAGCAGAACCCACUCAGCUGUGACUCUUGGGGACUGGAGUGACCCCUUAGAUCCAGACGUGGAGACGCAGACUAUAUUCAAGCAGUUCCUCCAGGGAAGAGACAAACUCAGGAAAAAAUAUUUGGAGACUCCCGAAGGUGAUCCGGAGCCCAGCCAUAAUGAAGCGCUCAACUGUGAUCGUCCAACAGGUGUUGCAGAUGGAGCGGAAUGCCACGUUCCCCCCCAAAAGGCAGGUCGCAGCUCCGCCGCCCGACUCCUGAUGGUGAUCGACGACUUGGAACAAGCUCACGCUACGUUCCAGGAGAAAGAGAACGGCGUUAUUUUGGAUCCCUAGAAUUAAACCCAGCUGGGAUUCGCUUCAAUAAAGAAGUGACGGGACUCCUGUAAUCGUCCAGGAAGAGAUGCGGCCGCAGACUUUUACUGCGUUUUAAAUAUUUAUUUUCUCAGAGUGCCAGCGACUUCAGCACUGCCACAGAGGCUUUUAUAUCGGACUGUGUCUGGCAACGUUUAUUCGUAGGAAUGAGCAAUCGCUGCAUGAUCUCUUAUCAACUUGUGAUGGAAUGUGAAAAUUGUCUUUUUAUAUAUUUGUAAAGUUUUUAUGCAAACGGCUUGUUGUAUUGUCACUCUGAAAAUCUGUAAAUCUGCUUCAAUGAAGGAUUUGUAACAUUUUAUGCGUCCUCAUAGAAACUGCAUACGACAAGAAGGAAUAUUGUUUGUGUUGAGGCCACCAUUCCGUGAUCGCCUCAUUGUUAUUUGGGUAAUAUUUACCUGCCAUAUUGAAUAUUAAUAUCCUAAAUAAAUGUUACAAAAUAUCUUUCCAUCAAUGUUAUGUAAAUGCUUUUAUACUGCCACUUAUCUGAGGCUGCAGUCUGUCUAUUUAAGAUGCCAAACACAGGAAUUUGAUGAAGUCUUUUAGUCAUCUAGAGCUCUGAGCUCUGAGCACCAGCCGACACUCCAGUCAAUAGGCCAUGUGGUUUAUUUAUGUCUUUUGUUACUUGCUGCAUUCA